ACAGUCCGCACCAAGACGAUAUGUCGCCCACUAUGAUCCUCAGCCUGGUCGCCUCUUCCAUGCUGGUGCCAUGGGCAACCAGCCAAACCAUCCCAAUAGACGCCGCACCUACAGAAUACCCUUAUGCGGUAAGGACGAGUUAUGUUAAUAUUAAAGGGGCCACAAAUGUAGCUGUGGGUUUGGCAGUCAGCCAGCGCUAUCUGCUCGCUUCUGGAUUUUCAAAAAACUCUAAUAAUGCUACCGGAGUGGAACUAACAGACCAACAAGGAGUAGUUCAUCCAGUAUUCAGUUCAACUCCUAUAGGAGUUAGCCCUUUCAUGUUCUUUAAAUCAUGCCUAAUAUUUAAUGGACCAAUGUUCUCCUUGAAGGCGGCUAGUUUUAAUAACUUAUCUGCAACCAUCAAUGAUGCUGAAGUUAUUUACUUCACUAAAGACUCGACGGUUUUGAAAAAGAUACCAGUGGUAAUCAUGAAUCAGACAGCCUGUGAAACCGAAACCGACGAAACAACCGCUCGGGAGCAACUUUGCGUUGAACCCAAUAACACUCCAGAUGUUUGCUAUAACUUCUUUAAUACCACCCUUAAGUUAGACCAACACCCUAUGGUUGGAAUCAAAGGUCAGGUGCACGGUUCGCGAUACGUUCUGGGCUGCCAAGAUAGCAGCUGGGUUAAUGUCGGAAAAUGGUAUCGCUUCGAUGCCGCCAUUAAGGACAUCACCGAUAUCAUCCCUGUGGUGGACCUCAAGGACUAGCAAUUCUGCCUAUGGAAGCUCCAAUUUUUGUUGUUGUUUGCUGUGUAUAAGGAUAGUUGGGAUUACUCUCCUUACAAAGAGUCGAAUCACAUCGAUGUGAAAGGCCUCUUCUUGCAAAUCUUUUGUCAAAUAGCUCUUUAAUUGCUCAUCAAUUUUAGGGCUGGCAACUUCUGUUGCCCUGAUUAUUUUUUGGUUUGUUUGAAAUAAAAAAUGGAAAUGCAUUUCGUCUGCAACACUAAA